CUAGGAGGCAGAGUUUGCAGUGAGCCAAAAUCGUGCCACUGCACUCCAGCCUUGGCAGCAGAGCAAGACUCUGUCUCAAAAAAAAAAAAUAGGAAAGGGUCACUUCCAAACUCAGUCAUUGGCACACUGUUGGCAGGAUUCAUUUACUUGUGUCUGUUGGACGGAGGGCUUCAGUUCUAUACUGGCCAUUGGCCAGAGAUGCCCCUCCUCACUUGGUUCCUUGCUAUGUGGGCCUCUCUAAAAGAAAGUUCACAACUUGGCAGCUGGCUUCCAUCAGAGUGAGCAAGCCAAAGAACAAGAUACAAGCCAGCCUCAUUUUGUAAUCUAAUCUCAGAAGUGACAUCUCAUCAUUUUUGUCAUAUUUUAUGCAUUAGAAGCAAGUCACUAGGCCAGCCAGCCCAUACUCUGGAGGAGCAGAUAACACAAGGACAGGGAUCGCAGAUUCAGGUUAUGCAGGAGUGUCGUGAAGCAGUGCUGCAUUCUCCUUGCAUCCUGUCAGAUAAGCAACGAUGUGCUGAGCUGAAGAAAGCCUUGUGUACUGCCCAUGAGAAGUUCUGUUUCUGGCCAGACAGCCCAUCCCCAGACCGAUUUGGGAUGUUGCCCCUGGAUGAGCCUGCUAUUCUUGUUAGUGAAUUCCUAGAUCGUUUUCAAAGCCUUUGUCACUUGGACCUCCAGCUUCCUUCCCUAAGGCCGGAGGACUUGAAAACUAUGUGCUUGACAGAAGACAAGCUCAGUCUUCUCCUACACCUGCUUGAAGAUGAACUUGAUCACCGAACUGAUGAGAGAAAAACUACAAUCAAAUUAGGCUCAGACAUCCAAGUCCACGUCACUGCCUGUAUUCUCUCUGUGUGUGGCUGGGCAUGUAGUUCCUCUUUGGAACCCAUGCAGCUUUCCCUGAUAACAUGUUCGCAGUGUAUGAGGAAGGUGGGGCUCUGGGGCUUCCAGCAGAUUGAAUCAUCCAUGACUGAUCUGGAUGCAUCCUUUGGCCUGACCAGCUCCCUGAUCCCAGGCCUUGAGGGGCGACCAGAGCGCUUAGCUCUGGUGCCUGAAUCUCCUCGGAGGAUGAUGACGCGGAGCCAGGAUGCCACCUUCUCCCCAGGCUCAGAGCAGGCUGAAAAGAGCCCUGGUCCCAUUGUCUCUCGAACUCGGAGCUGGGACUCUUCCAGUCCUGUUGACCGUCCUGAGCCAGAGGCUGCUAGCCCCACCACCAGAACUCGCCCAGUGACCCGAAGCAUGGGAACAGGAGACACCCCUGGAAUGGAGGUACCAUCUAGCCCUCUGCGGAAAGCCAAACGAGCUCGCCUCUGCUCCUCCAGCAGUUCGGACACAUCUUCCCGAAGCUUCUUUGAUCCCACCUCUCAGCAUAGAGACUGGUGCCCUUGGGUGAAUAUCACACUUGGCAAAGAAAGCAGGGAGAAUGGUGGAACUGAACCAGAUGCCAGCGCCCCAGCAGAGCCAGGCUGGAAAGCGGUGCUGACCAUCCUCUUGGCCCACAAACAGUCUAGCCAGCCAGCUGAAACGGACUCCAUGAGUCUCUCUGAGAAAUCAAGGAAAGUAUUCCGAAUAUUUCGGCAGUGGGAAUCUCUAUGUUCAUCCUGAAGAUAUUCCAGCCCCUUCCUGGAGAGAGCUGGAAUGCGAGUGACUUUUGGAAGAAUUAAGGCUGAGUUCCUAUUGGUCAGCUGACGCUAAGUUUUUCCUGUUCUGGGUUAAUCAUAAGGAGCCCCCUGCCAUAGCAAAGGCAGGGAGUGUCAACUGUCUGCAUCUGGCUGAGGGAGACCCGUUUCCUUUCAGGGAUGUGGACAGGGUAAGGGCAGCAAGCCUGAUUCUGCUGAAGGAGUGUGGGGUUUAACAAACCAGGAGGACUAAGGACCUGACCACCCAUUUCAGGAUCUUCAGUGUGGGGUGGCGUUCUGAGGACUCUUCUAUCCCAGGAGUAUGACAGCGUGUAUUAAUAAAAUAUUUGCUAAGAUUCUCA